CAAGUGCUGUUCCAAGUGAGGCACCAUCUCAGGUCCCAAGUGUUGUUCCUAGUGAAUCACCUUCUAUGAUACCGUCUGUGGCCCCAAGCGAGGAACCAUCAAUGGUACCUUCGAUGGUACCUUCGGAGGCUCCCAGUACAACUCCUUCAAUGAUUCCUUCAAUGAUCCCAAGUACCAUUCCAUCUAUGGUGCCUUCGACGAUACCAUCAACACUCCCUUCAAUGAUUCCUUCUGAAGUUCCAUCCGAGAUACCAUCAUUUGUUCCAAGUUUCGUGCCUUCGGAGUCACCCAGUAUGCAACCAUCCAUGGUCCCAUCUGCAAGUCCGUCGAAAAGUCCAACAAUGGCGCCAUCUUCGCAACCAAGCGGAAACGUGGUCUUGGUUGUGCCUGGUUUCCCGACUGCCCAGAGCAGCCCUUACGCAAUCGGUUAUCCGUGGGUAGCUAUCGAUGGGAGCACAGCUGGUGAUUAUGCAAGGGGACAGUCAACGCACACUCAAGAAGAAAAUGACCCGUGGUGGUAUGUGAACAUAGGCGCAGGCUGGGGCAACCGACCGUCUACUGUAAAAUAUGUCAGUGUUUGGAACAGAAGCGAUUGCUGUGCGGAACGAUUGUAUGGUGGAUGGGUCCAACUACUUGCUUCAAAUGGAGCUAUAUUGCAACAGAAGCAGAUUACGAGUGCGAUUGGAUUUGGUGGCCAGACUUUGCACUUCAGCCCUCAACCCGAUGUUUGGUUCAUUAAGGUUCAGCUAUAUGGAGCUGGGAGGGUUCUGUCACUUGCAGAGGUUCAAGCUGUAGGCUUUAUCCAGUGA